AUGUCCUCUGCUACUAAAUCAAGAUGGGCCGAAGACGACGCCGAAACGCGAGAGUACCUGGAGCAGAAAAAGCGCGAGAAGGAAGAGAAGAAACGAGCGAAGGCCGCGAAGCAGAAACGAUCGGAAGAAGCGAAGGAGCGGAGCCAGCGUGCCGCCAUAGCCAACGAAACCGCAGAUGCGAAUGGUGCUGAGCAAGAGGCCUCCGCCGUAGAGCGACCGACCAAACGAAGGCGACUUUCAAUUGAACAAGCCAGCGCUCAACCUUCGGGCGAGAGCAAGUCGACUUUGCUUCGUUUCCCCGGAGCGGAAUGGGGCCCUUGCCGCCAUGUCCUCAACUACGACCGCCUGAACGCCAUCGAGGAGGGCUCAUAUGGGUGGGUUUCGAGAGCGAAGGACGUUACGACGGGCGAGAUCGUCGCGAUCAAGAAACUAAAAAUGGAAAACUGUUACGACGGGUUUCCCGUCACGGGCCUCCGAGAGAUUCAGACGUUACAAGAGGCUCGACACCAGCAUAUUGUCAGACUGCGAGAGGUAGUGAUGGGAGAUAAGAUGGACGAAGUGUCAUUAACCUUCUCCUUUGCAACCUAUUGCAAACUUCGCAGCGUAUAUCUGGUUAUGGAUUUCUUGGAGCACGAUCUCAAAACGCUACUUGACGACAUGCGAGAACCGUUUUUACCCUCGGAAACGAAAACAUUACUUCUGCAGAUCAUGUCCGCCGCUGAGUUCCUUCACUCGCACUGGAUAAUGCACCGCGAUCUAAAGACGUCAAACCUACUAAUGAAUAACCGCGGCGAGAUAAAACUAGCAGACUUUGGCAUGGCUAGAUACUAUGGAGACCCACCUCCAAAGUUAACGCAAUUAGUUGUGACGUUGUGGUACAGAUCCCCGGAGUUGCUUCUUGGGGCGAAAACGUACGGGCCAGAAAUUGAUAUGUGGAGUAUUGGUUGUAUAUUUGGCGAACUACUCACUAAGGAACCUCUUUUUCAAGGCGGAAACGAAGUAAAGCAACUUUCAAAGAUAUUCAAACUCACCGGGCCACCCAAUUCUCAAAUCUGGCCUGGCUUUCGCUCUCUCCCCAAUGCAAAAUCACUGCGUCUCCCGCUGGACCCUUCGACUUCAAAAGAUCCAGUCUCGGUGCCACUGCUCCCCCGCUCCAACUUCCCCUACCUGACCACCGCUGGCCUAUCUCUCCUGUCAAGCCUCCUAGCGCUGAACCCUGCAUCCCGUCCCACAGCAAAAGAAUGUCUCUCGCACGCCUAUUUUCGCGAGGACCCCAAACCCAAAGCGAAAGAAAUGUUCCCUACCUUUCCGUCCAAGGCGGGGAUGGAGAAGAGGAGGAGACGAGACACGCCAGAAGCGCCGAAGAGGGGAGAGGAGGCACCGGAAUUGGACUUUGCAAAUGUUUUUGGUGGCGGGGGUGGUGUGGAUAGCGGUGCGGAAACGGGGGCGGGCUUCACGUUGCGUCUGGGUUAA